AGGAGUUUGAGGAGAGGGGAGGGGGUCACUGCCGAAAUGUGUCUCUGGUCAUCGUCAUUAAAAAGCCCCCAUUAUUGCUAUCAACACUCCAGUGAUCGGACGACAAACUUGUUGAGAUAACUUGUUACGUUGCAUUUAAUAGUCACUCGUCCAUCUGGUUUCAGGUCUGCCUCGGGAUCUUUCUGGAAACGGGGAUCGCACAUUGUGACCGACCGCUGAAACGUGAGAACAGUAACGCAGACUCAAGCUGUUGAAGAUGGAUAUGAACAGUUACCUCAGUGGCACUUUACUAGUAAUCUUUCACUCAAUUCUCCUGUCGUCAGCCGCAGUGGAACCUUUUGAUCUACUAUAUGACAACGCAAUUGACGCUUUCCACAGCGGUGACUACGAGAAUGUGGUGCGCUAUAUGGAGGGAGCGCUCAGCAGCUUCGCUAAGCUCCGCCACACUAAAGUCCGAUGUCGACUUAAAUGUAAGGACAAACAUCGUUUCGACGCAGACCCAUUCUCCGAUCUUAAGUUCUUUGAUGUGAUCCUGCGGAGAGCCUCCUGCCUGAACGACUGUAUGGAGAACAAACUGGGACCGCAGUCCAUGCACAAAGUCAGCGAGGAUGUCAUCCAGGACUUCAACAGACGGAUACCUUACAACUACCUGCAGAUGGCUUACCUCAAGUUGAAGGAGCUGGACAAGGCCGCUACUGCAGCACACACAUACUUCCAGGCCAACCCGGAGCAUGUGGAGAUGGGCCGAAACCUGGAGCAGUAUAAGAACAUGAAAGGGGUGGACUCGAAGCAUUUCAUGGACAGAGAAGCCCGUCCACAUCAGAAAGCCUUUGCGGAAGGGGUGAAGCUGUACGAGCAAGACCAGUACGGGGAGGCCAUCACGUUCUUCGAGGAGGCUCUGACCCAGUACUUCAAGGCGGACCUGGAGUGCAGAGCACUGUGCGAGGGGCCGCAGAGGUUCGUGGAGCAGGACCACGUGCUGUACCGCUACAGCCUCUAUGAGCUCAUCUCAGAUCACUACACCCAGGUCCUGCACUGCGAGCACGAGUGUGUGCGGGAUCUGGCCACUCGCCCUGGACGCCUCUCGCCCAUGGAGAACUAUCUGCCCCUGCAUUACGACUACCUGCAGUUUGCCUUCUUCAAAGAGAGCCGUUUCCAGGAGGCCUUGGCGUGCGCACAGUCCUACCUGCUGUUCCAUGCGGGGGAUGAGUUCAUGACUGAUAACGUGGAGUAUUACCAGGAGGUGCUGGGUCACUCCGCAGCCCCCCGAGAGGACGCUGACUGGUACGUCAAACGUCACCAGCAAGAGCUUGAGUUGCUGAAGGUGGGCAGCCAAAACAUGGGGGUGGAGUACACAGAAGGGAAUUACUGGAGCAGUUCAGGUGGCAGGGAGGAUUCCAAGAGAAUCCCCUCUGGUACUGAUGGCUGGAUGGAGUAUGUGCCAAUCUCAGAGAAGAAAAACGGCACGAUUACUGUGGUGCAGGAACUCAAGGAAGGAGGGCCAUUGUUGUAUGACAAUGUGAAGCUGAUCCAGAACUCAGAGGCUCUCAAUGGGACCCAGCGUGUCCUUCUGGAUGAUGUCAUCUCUGAGGACGAGUGCACAGAGUUAAAGAGCCUAGCUCAUGCGGUAACCAUGGCAGGAGACGGCUACCGAGGGAAAAUGUCCCCCCACACACCCAACGAGAAGUUUGAGGGCGCCACCGUGCUGAAGACUCUGCAGUUUGGCUACGAGGGACGUGUGUCUCUGAAAAGUGCACGCAUGUUCUACGAUGUCAGCGAGAAGGCAAGGAAAAUAAUCGAGUCGUACUUCAUGCUGAACUCCACUUUGCACUUCUCCUAUACACACUUGGUGUGUAGGACUGCAAUCACAGGACAGCAAGACCACAGAAAUGACCUCAGUCACCCCAUCCACGCUGACAACUGCCUACUAGACCCAGAGGCCAAUGAGUGUUGGAAAGAGCCACCUGCAUACACCUGUAGAGACUAUAGUGCUCUCCUGUACCUCAAUGGAGACUUUGAAGGAGGAGAGUUCAUCUUCACAGAGAUGGAUGCCAAAACACUCACAGCCCAGGUGAAGCCUCGGUGUGGCCGUAUGGUUGGCUUCUCAUCAGGAGGGGAGAACCCCCAUGGAGUGCGUGCUGUUACCAAAGGCCAGAGGUGUGCUGUGGCUCUGUGGUUUACACUGGAUCCCCUGUUCAGAGAGCUGGAGAGACUUCAGGCAGAUGAGGUUAUAGAGGCUCUCGACAAAGUCCAACACUCGAUCAGUGACAUCCAGAUCAACCCCAAAGACGAGUUGUAGCAUCAAAGAUUGGACUCAAAAUCAUUAUCUAUUUAUUUAACGAUGGUGUGAUGAGAACAACUCUAUUUUUGUAUUGUUUGAGAGUGAGAGUCUGUUUUAUUGUGUGUGUAUGUUCUUGUUUUUGUUAUGAAGUUCAUGUUGAAGAUGAUUGAUGAUUUUUUUUUUUUUUUUAAAUGUGCACAGCAGUUCUUCAGUUGACUAGUCAUUCUUCACAUUUCAUCCAGUUGUUGUGCCUGACCAGUCACUGUGUGAAUCCACAAAGUUCCAUGACUUUGUAGAAACACUGAAUUGAAAGAGAAAAAAAAUCCUUAACACUGUGCCUAGAUGUAAUGUUACUUUUGGAACCAGACUGGUGUGUGAGCAAAUGUAUUAGCGCACUGCAUUACCGACAGCUAUUUUUACCUUUUCAGCUUUUACAUUUGAAGCAUAAUCUGCGUAAUGUCAGGAAAUGAGCCACACUUCUUCGUCUCAGUCACUUGAGGUCAAGGCCAUGCAAUGAUGACGGAUAUAUAUAUAUAUAUAUAUGUGUGUGUAUAUAUAUAUAUAUAUAUAUACACACACACACACACACACACACACACACACAUAUAUAUAUAUAUAUAUAUUAUAUACACAAAGAGCUGUUACGUGAAGGCUACCUGUCAGCUACAUUGUCAGUACUGAGCUGCAUUAGCCGAUAGUUUAUAAACCAAAGCGAAGAGCAAGCCACUGUGUGUUUUUAGAAGAAUAUGCAAUGCUGGCAUUAUUAAAAUGUGUUUCCUCACACUGUAAUGUACAUAUUCACCCACUGAGCCUUAAACACAUGCUUUUAAGUUUCACUUGAAAGGUUGAUAUGUAAUGAAUAACAAUAUCUGUCCAUGGAUAUCAGUAGACUGCUAUUUCGGUCCAGGGAUUUGGCUGAAUCUUAAAGGGCAUGCCAUUGUGUGACUGAAACCCUAAAAAGGACAGGCAAUCACGACCACAGUGAUGGUUGUAAUGUUUUGUUGUUGUUUUAUUUUGUUUGUUUGACGUGUUUUUUGUUUGUCUUAGGAUAUUUGUUAUGUGUGUGCCUGCGUGUGUGAAAGUGAGUGAGGGAGUGUGUGAUUGAGCGAGUGAGUUUGCAGCUUGUGUGUGAUCAUAUCCAGUAAGGCUGUUAAUGUCGUCGUCACUCUGUACCUCUCCUUUGACACGCUGUGUGGAAUCAGAGGUAGAUGACUACACGACUAUUGGCACAAGACAAUGGUACGUAUGUGAAUGAGAACAUCUGCUUUCGCAGUUGUCAGCAUUUGAUAUAAAGAGCUUUUUAAAUAAAAGAUGUUAUUUAUUCCUGUUUCAAGGAAUUUGAAUUAUGAUGUGGCGUAUAAAUGUCCUUUCUUUUCAAAAAUGUCUAGAGUCACCUGGUCAGUUUAAACCCACUGUGUUCAUCUAGUGAGACAUCUAUGAUUUUCAGUAUUAAGCUUGUAGUCACAUUUUCCAUAGAUCACGUUCAUUUUUGACAAGGAGGAUGGCCACUUUUGUCUCUUCUAUUUAAAUAUGAGUAUUUAAGUAUUCAAUAUCUCACUGAAAAUUCAUCUUUGUAAUAAAUAAAUAUAUAAAUUAAAGAUUUAAAUCCAAGUGUUUUUGUAAUUUCUUUGCUUUGUAGUCUUUCUGCUCAAAUGGGUAAACUGCAUAUCCGGGCUGAGAGGCAUUGUGUGUUAAAUAACACAGCAAGGAGGAGUAAGAAAUGUUCUAUGUUCUAGAAGAAUCAAAUGAUUUGACAACUGGUACAAGGGCAGUUUUUUGACAAGGGCAAAAAACCUUUCAUUUAGUCAUUUGAUACUGAGAAUGGGUAGUAUUUCCUGUGUAAAUGCUGGGAAACUGGAGACGAAUUACUCCGUGGGUAUCAAAACAUAAACCAUGUUUCCCACACAGUGUUCUUCUGUCAUGAACGUGAGAAAUAAAUACAUGAAACCGAUAUGACAGAUGUUUUCAUAUGGAGAGAAAAAAUUGUCUCAAAAUGAUCUGUAAAUGCAUGGACCACAAUCCACAAAUAUGCAAUAAUUUACAAGUGUGUUUUUGUGUCCACAAAUACAGAUGUCCUUUGACUGUGAAGAUGUCCUUAUUGUGACUUAAGUUCUCAUUUGAAUAAACGUACUAUGAUUUGUACAAA